CCUCCGGAUCGAUGGGUGGCGCUGAUGCUUCUUCUGGUCAUUCCUGCGCCUCAGUCUGUUUUAAAGAAGAAGACAUGGCGUCACGACUCUUCAUAAACAGUUACAGGUGAAGAUAUGAAGAUUUUGAGCUGCGAUAUCAACACAGACAUGUUUUUUGCCUGAUUGAGUGUUGAGAUGGAAAUUAUGGCUGUGAAUCUGCUGGCCACCUCUCCGUCCCCCUCCACACUCCCUCCGUCUCCCUGUGUGGAGGACCCUGGUUUCCCCUUGUCCUCUCUGGACAGUGAAGACUAUGUGUUUGUGGAAGCGCGCCAUCCCAACAAAGUGCUGGAAGGCUUGAACAGCUUACGGCUCAAUAACGCUUUCUGUGAUGUGACUCUGUGCUGCGGAGGGCAGGAGUUUCCCUGUCACCGCAUUGUACUGGCCUCCUUCAGCUCUUAUUUUCAGGCCAUGUUCUCCACCGACCUGAUGGAGUCUCGUCAGGAGCGGGUGGCCAUCAACGGAGUGGAGCCCCAGAUGAUUGGCAUGCUGGUGAGCUACGCCUACACGGCCGAGGUGGUGAUCUCCAAGGCUAACGUGCAGGCGCUCCUGGCGGCCGCCAAUCUGCUGGACGUGAUGGCGGUGCGGGAGGCCUGCUGCAGGUUCAUGGAGCGCCAGAUGGACGAGAUAAACUGUGUGGGUAUUCACUGCUUCGCCGAGGCGCACUCGUGCCGAGAGCUGGAGCGGCGCAGCAUGGAAUACAUCCAGCAGCACUUCAGCACCGUUUGCCAACAGGAGGAGUUUCUGUCUCUUUGUGCCGAUAAACUGACUGAGAUCAUUUCAAGUGACCAUCUAAAUGUGCCAAAAGAGGAGACUGUGUUUGAGGCGGCCGUUGUGUGGCUGGAGAAGAGCCCCUCACGCAGACAGAGCUUUGAGAAGGUUCUGGAGCACAUCAGGCUGCCCCUCAUCAGUCCGUACUACAUUCACGACGUCAUCGAGACUCAGGAUGUUGUGAAGGAAUCGCUCAAGUGCCAGAAGCUGAUCUCUGAGGCCAAGGACUAUUUACUGCUGCAGGACCGCAGAGGAGAGCUGUACAGCCCCCGAGCACGACCUCGACGCUCAACAGGCACAGCUGAGGUGAUUGUGACCGUAGGAGGAGAGGAUGAUAAGGUUGUGCUGCGCAGCGUGGAGAGUUUCGAUCCCCUCACCAGCCAGUGGAAGAGUCUGGCCUGCCUGCCCUUCGCUGUCAGUAAACACGGCUUAGUCGUGUCUGGCUCCAUGCUGUAUUUGGCUGGCGGUGAGUUUCCAGACGGCUCGGCCAGUCGAGAGAUGUGGCGCUAUGACCCGUGUUUUGACUCCUGGACAGAGAUGGCACCCAUGAACGUGGCUAGAUCAGAACUGGGGUUGGUGAUGUUGGAUGGAUAUGUGUUCGCUGUGGGCGGCUGGGAAGGCCGUUCUCGUCUGGACUCUGUUGAGUGUUAUAAUCCUCAGACAAACACAUGGCAGUUUAUGGAAUCGGUCAAGAUGGCGGUCACCAGUCCGGCUGUGGUGGCGCUGGAUGGAUUACUCUAUGUGACAGGUGGUGCUGUUUUAGAAGAUGGCGACGGCACAAACUUGGCGCAAGCGUACAACCCUAAAACAUGCGUGUGGACCGAGGUGGCACCCAUGCAGAUCGCCCGCUCUGGAUCUGCUGCCUGCAUCCUGAAGGGCAAGAUAUACGUCAUAGGCGGCUGGCAUGCUUCCACCGAGAACACGGAUAAGGUGGAGUGCUACGACCCCAAGACCAACAAGUGGACCAUGUGUGCUCCAAUGAAGGAGAGACGCUAUCGACCCGGCGUGGCGGUGGUGGAUGGAAAGAUUUAUGUUUUAGGAGGAGAGGAGGGAUGGGACAGGUAUCAUGACACUAUAGAGCGGUACUGUGAAGAGUCGGACCGCUGGGAGCUCGUCGGAGAAAUGCCCACCAGCCGCAGCUGGCUGAGCUGCGUCUCGCUGCAGCUCCGGAAGGACACUCACGUGGGCAGCUGCCCCGGCACUGCCUUGGAGACGGAGUUUCCCGUGGACUGAGAGAACCGGGGCUCCACCUGCAUCACUGCCGGCCGGGACAAAAGACAGGGGGCAGCUUUCAGAGAGCCCCGCUCCACGAGAGCUAUUUAAGGAACGGAAAAGGUCCGACCCAAAUGCUGGAGGGUCUUCAGAAAAUACUCAUGUCAUAAGCUAUGCUUUCUCCAGUCUGACCCUCUGCCACGGUGUGAGGCUGGAUGGAUUGAGAUCUGUGGUGUGUGUGUGUGUGUGUGUGUGUGUGUGAGAGAGCCGCCAUCCCAGAGUCUCCACAGUAUCAGUUCAAUGUGAUGUUCAAGUGACGUACAGGGUUCCUUCCAUGCGCUGAGCACCUCAUGAUUGUGACUUGUAAAAGUACUUUGUUCUCUAACAGUGUUGUAGUGAAAUGUUUUGUAAUUUUUGUAUGGUGAUUUUUUGUUGUUGUUUUUGUAUUUAUUAGAAGUUUUCUGUUGAGAUUUAUGGAGUUACUUGCACAGAUACACUGAAACAUGUUAACUGACUUUCUUUAAAGGGAUAGUUCACCAAAAAUUAUGUCGUCAUUUCCUCACCCUCAAGUUAUGUAUGAGUUUUUCUUUUAUUGAGCACACAAUGAUAGUAACCAGUUUCUGGUCAAUGGGGACCAGAAACUGUUUGGUUACCAACAUUCUUCAAAUGAUCUUAUUUUGUUUUCAACAGACGAAAGAAAUUCAUACAUGUUUGGAAUAACUUGAGGGUGAGUAAAUGAUGAUUUAAGGUGAACUAUCCCUUUAAAACCAUAAUUAGUCUUCAUAUUGUGCAGAGUAUGUAUGUAUACCCAAAUAACCUUCUACAUUUGCCAAAAUGUUAAGCAUACAACUGAGCACAGUGCACUGGGUACUGUAUCCCACAAUGCAAUGUGUUCAGCUUGAUCGUCCACAGUAUGAAGAAUGAAUUACAGCUGCAAUUUUACAAUC